CCACUUUUUCGUUCAAUUCAUGGCCGACCUUCCAAUAUUGAGACCACUAGCUCUUCAACUUUCUUACGUGCUAUGAUGUUGCCCAGAACUUUGGCCAAAAUGGCAGGCACCAUUUUCUUCCUCAAGCCAAGAAAAGACAGUUGAUUCCCCCGUUGAGGAGCCACCGUGCAGGUUCACCCAUAAGAAACACAGUUUUUAAAUGUAGCCAACCUCCCCAAAUGCUGAAAACUGAUGGAAACAGGGAAAAGUGCUAAAAUCUACAGUCCUCAAUUAUUUGGAAAAGUUCACCACUGUUCUUCCUUGACCACCAAAAGCUAAUCUAUAUCUACAGAGUCACGUCCCCACACACUCUACUUCCGGAUCCUCAGACUCCUCUAUAUUAAGCUUCCACAUACAAGUUCCUUCACAAGACCUUUGCAUCCCUCCAUGACUUCUCUUACCCUUUCCCCCUCCAUCCCAGAGUCAUCAUCCUUCCGCAGCAAACUCUCUAAUAACAAGAAAUUUCACAGACGAAUGACAGCAUGCAUAGAGGGCUCGACUUUGAAAGUUGGCACCAGACGACUAUCAUUCAACAUGGAUCGAUUUUCGACUACCAAUCAAACAGCGGUUUACCAGCUUGUUGAGCUCUCAAAGCCCUUGCAACACCCAAGAAUCUGUGAGAGGGAUGAGCUAUGGCUGAAGAUGAGGGAGGAGGCGAUGAGGGAUGUGGAGCAAGAGCCGGUGCUGGAGACGUACUACAGAAAUGCUAUACUCUCACAUGACUCACUAGAAGCAGCCCUGGCCGGCCAUCUGGGAAACAAGCUCUCCAUGACUUGUCUGCCGGGUUCCAGCCUAGCCAGGGUCUUCUUAUGGGCGUUCCUUGAAGAGAGCACCAUCCGGUCUGCGGUCCGGGAGGACCUGAAGGCAGUCAAGGAGAGGGACCCAGCCUGUGUAAGUUAUGUUCAGUGCCUGCUCAACUUCAAGGGCUUCCUAGCAGUUCAGGCUCACCGGGUGGCUCACAGUCUAUGGACCAAGGGCCGGGCACCGCUGGCCUUGGUGAUACAGAACCGGGUUUCGGAGGCCUUCGCCGUGGACAUACAUCCUGGUGCAAGGGUAGGCAAGGGAGUACUGCUGGACCAUGCUACCGGGGUCGUGAUCGGAGAGACUGCCGUCAUUGGCGACAACGUGUCCAUCUUGCACAAUGUGACGUUAGGAGGCACCGGCAAGGCCGGCGGCGACCGGCACCCGAAGAUCGGAGAUGGGGUGCUGGUGGGUGCUGGUACGCAUAUCCUUGGUAAUGUACAGGUAGGUGCGGGGGCCAAGGUCGGGGCUGGCUCAGUGGUGCUGAAAGAGGUCCCGGCCAGGACCACUGCAGUGGGGAACCCGGCGAGGUUGGUUGGUGGAAGGGACAACCCCGUUAAGUUGACCAACAUUCCUAGCUUGACUAUGGACCAUACCUCCUUCGUAUCCGACUGCUCGGAUGAUGUAAUCUGACGUAAUCUGACUACUCAUGUUCUCAGUGGUUGAUCUUCAUUAUGCACUAAUUUCCACAAGAGUUCCUAGUAAAAUAAAUACAAGUCACGUUAGUAUAUCUUAUGUUUGA